AAAAAGUCCCGGUGGUUGAGAAGAAUGUGUUCAGAGCCGGUCGGGUCCGCUUUAAAGUGUAGCGCGCGGGGCGUCGCUGGUGUUGUUUGCAGUUGGUGACUGCAGAAAGAACACCAACGUGUCCACAGACCGCCGCUCACCGGUGCGCUUUUAUGGAGAAGAUGAAUGUGAACGAGAGCGCUGGUGUUUUUUUCUUCCCUCGCUGAACCGAGUGUCUUGAUGGCUAACUUGAAACGGUAGACAUUUCAAAGUCACAAAGGUGAAGACAGGAUUGAUUGAUGAAUUGAUCGCUUUUUUUCCGCUUGAGGAGAAGGAAUUCAUGCGCCGCUAGCUGAAGGGGUCAAUAUGCCAGAAUGGGUCCUAUACAAUAUUUGGUUCUCUGUGGACUUUUAUACGCCAAAAUGAGCAACGGGUCUCGUCUUCGCCAGGAAGACGCCCCUCCCCGCAUCGUGGAGCACCCCUCUGACCUGAUUGUGUCCAAGGGGGAACCAGCCACUCUCAACUGCAAGGCAGAGGGCCGCCCAACCCCUACGGUGGAAUGGUACAAGGACGGGGAGCCCGUCGAGACGGACCGCGACAACCCUCGCUCGCACCGCAUGCUGCUGCCCAGGGGGUCCCUCUUCUUCCUACGCAUUGUCCACGGGCGGAGGAGCAAGCCGGACGAUGGCAGCUACGUGUGCGUUGCCCGCAACUAUCUGGGGGAGGCUGUGAGCCGAAACGCAUCUCUAGAAGUCGCGCUGUUACGGGAUGACUUCCGACAGAACCCGCAGGAUGUGGUGGUGGCUGUUGGGGAGACGGCCACCCUGGAAUGUCAACCACCACGUGGGCAUCCUGAGCCCACCACCUACUGGAAGAAAGACAAGGCUCGUCUUGAUCUUAAAGAUGAAAGGAUCACAGUUCGUGGAGGAAAACUGACCAUCUCCAACACUCAAAAGACUGAUGUAGGGAUUUAUGUGUGUGUGGCCGUCAACAUGGUCGGCGAGCGAGAGAGUGAAAAGGCUCAACUCUCCGUGUUUGAGAGACCAGUGUUUGUGCAGCGGCCUGUGAACCAGGUGGUCUUAGUGGAUGAGAAUGUGGAGUUCAGGUGUCAGGUCCACGGUGACCCACCUCCAACUCUGCGCUGGAAAAAGGAAGACGUGGAUAUUCCCCGGGGCAGGUAUGACAUCAGAUAUGAAAAAGAGGAUCUUUUGCUGAGGAUAAAGAAAGCCAGCGUGAGUGAUCAGGGGACCUUCACCUGCCUAGCAGAGAACCGCGUGGGCAAAGUGGAGGCCUCCGCUUACCUGACUAUCAGAGUUCGCCCUGUUGAGGCGCCGCAGUUUGUGGUGCGACCCCGUGACCAGAUUGUGGCUCAAGGACGAACGGCGACCUUUCCCUGUGAGACCAGAGGCAAACCUCAACCGACUGUGUUCUGGCAACGAGAUGGCAGCCAGGAUCUUCUGUUUCCCAGCCAGCCAACACAGGGUGACAGUCGUGUAUCUGUGUCUAUGAAUGGAGAGUUGACCAUUUCAUCAGUGCAGCGUUCAGACGCGGGCUAUUAUAUCUGCCAAGCCCUCACGGUAGCAGGCAGCAUCUUGGCCAAAGCCCAGUUGGAGGUGGCAGACGCCCUGAAGGACCGCCCACCGCCAAUCAUCCGUCAAGGCCCCUACAACCAAACACAGGCAUUAGGGAGUGUGACAAUACUCAGGUGUCAGGCUUCAGGGGAGCCACAACCCACGAUUACCUGGCGAAAGAACGGCAUCAGUCUUCUUGGCAAAGACGCACGGUUUUCGCUGCUGGAACACGGCAGCCUUCAAAUACAGAGUGCCAAGCUCUCUGAUUCUGGUUUGUACACGUGUGUGGCAACCAGCUCCAGUGGAGAAACAUCAUGGAGUGCUUACUUGGAUAUCACAGAUUCCACUGACCCCAUUGACUUCCUGUCCACCAACCUGACAGCCCUACCGGGGCCUCCCUCCAAGCCAGAGGUCACUGAUGUCACCAAAAGCAGCAUCUCGUUGUCAUGGGAACCGGGGCCAGAGGCUGGCUCCCCGGUGUCCUCCUAUGUCAUUGAGGCCUUUGGCCAGUCAGUAAGUAACAGCUGGCAGACAGUGGCAGACCAUGUGAAGACCACAGAGUUCACCGUCAGUGACCUACGACCGAAUACUGUUUACCUGUUCAUUAUCAGGGCAGUCAAUGUUCAAGGGCUGGGAGACCCGAGCCCCAUGUCUGAGCCUGUGCGGACACAAGACAUUAGUCCAACUGCGCAGGGAGUGGAUCAUCGUCACGUCCAGAAAGAGUUAGGGGACGUGGUGGUCAGCAUGCAUAACCCCGUAGUUCUCAGCUCCACUUCAGUGCAAGUCACAUGGACUGUGGACAACCCAUCCCGAUUUAUUCAAGGCUACCGUGUCCUGUACCGGCAGACAUCGGGGCUGCCUUCCCCAGGACCAUGGCAGAUCCAGGACUUAAAAGUCUCCUCGCAGAGGGACAUGACUCUUUUGGGCCUGAAGAAAGGAAUUGUCUAUGAGAUUAAAGUACGACCGUACUUUAAUGAGUUCCAAGGCGCGGACAGUGAGUCCAUGACUGCGCGGACUAUGGAAGAAGCACCCGGUGCACCCCCUCAGCAAGUGACAGUGUUGACUGUAGGAAGCAAUAAUAGCACCUCCAUCAGCGUGUCAUGGGACCCUCCACCCUCUGAGCAGCAGAAUGGAAUCAUCCAGGAAUACAAGAUCUGGUGUUUGACUAAUGAAACCCAGUUCCAUGUCAAUAAGUCUGUGGAUGCAACCAUCCGUUCAGUGGUUGUCGGGGGUCUGCAGGCUGGAGUGCAGUACCGCGUGGAGGUUGCUGCAAGCACCAGUGCAGGGGUGGGGGUCAAGAGUGCGCCCCAGCUCAUCACCUUGGGUGCAGAACAGAGGGAUGUAAUGACGGGAUCGGAGGGCAACAAUAGCAUCUCAGAUGUGGUGAAACAACCGGCCUUCAUCGCGGGGUUGGGCGGAGCCUGCUGGAUUGUUCUCAUGGGCUUCAGUGCCUGGCUUUACUGGAGGAGAAAAAAGAGGAAAGGACUCAGCAACUAUGCAGUUCAAUCUUUCACUUUUACCCGAGCAGUCACAUUCCAAAGAGACAGAGGUCUGAUCAGAAAUGGAAGUCGUCCAGGGCUGUUGAAAGCGGGUGACCCUGGUCUACCCUGGCUGGCGGACUCGUGGCCCUCCACAAGCCUUCCAGCCAACGGAGGAUUGGGAAGUCCGAAAGGCAGCAGUAACUUUGGCCGAGGAGAUGUCUUACCAUCUGCAGCGGUGGAGAAGACAGGCACCAUGCUGUCGGAUGGGGCCAUCUACAGCAGUAUUGACUUCAUGGGGAAAGCUGCUUACAGCAGCCCGGUGCAAGACAGCCACCCCACCCCCUAUGCCACCACCCAGAUACUGCAGUCCAACAGCUUCCACGAGUUGGCUGUAGACAGACCAGAUCCACGCUGGAAGGCUUCUCUGCAGGCCCAGCAGGAAAUAGCCAACCUGGGCUACUCGCUAACUGAUAGACGCCCGGCCACCGGUGCAAAGGUAGGGAAGAAAAAGAAGGUGAAAGGUGGAACAAAGACCCCUAAAUCCAACGGGACAUGUUGGGCGAACAUGCCCCUGCCUCCACCACCCAUGCACCCUCUGCCUGGAACUGAGGUUGACCUUGACCAUUACCCUCAGGAAAGCCACAGAGGAGGAUACGACAACAACAGUUGGGCCCCGCCUCUCUCGCUCCCUUCUUACCGUCACCAAAGUUUGGAGAAUGAUGUUGAGGAGGAAAGGGGACCUACUCCACCUCUAAGAGGAAGAGCCUCCUCACCGGCGACGGCAGCAUCUUACAACCAGCCUUCAUCGUCGUCUCUCAGCUCAGCCCACCAUGAGGAAAUGCAGUCGAUUUUGCAAGCCCAUUUGGAUGAGCUGACCAGAGCUUACCAGUAUGAAGUUGCCAAGCAAGCAUGGAACAUGAAGAGCAAUUCAAAUAUGUCCAACACUACCAUUCCUCCGAUGGACUUUAUGUCUUCAACGCUGGGCUCAGAUUUGGGAGACACCCGCCUCUCCGAGGAUGAAGAGGAAGACAGAUACGCUAUGGUGUCAAAGAAUUUGUGCAGCUUUGAUUACACUCCUGGACCAACUAUGGAUAACCUUGAGGUCUCAGGUAAAGGCACACAGUUGUGUCGUUCAGACAGCCCCGGUACAGCAGAUUGUGGACCGCAGAACACACACAGCCUUGGUCACAAGAGGGUACAACUAACCGGCCUCAAAUCACAAUCAAACAAGGUUGGGACACUGCCCAGACGAAAAGACACUCAUCAAGAAGCAACCCAUGCACCUCAAGCGAAGGGUCUUCACAGUACCAGUUCCCGCAUGAACAGUUCAUGGGCCAGUGCGGCCUCGGAGCCUCCAGAGGAGUGCAUGGUGACCGUUUCCACGCUAGAGCGGCAGCACAUGGGUUCCUGGGGCGACACCUCAGCAUCCAACAGGGCCACACUGAGUCGAGCUUCCCACAAGAAGCCUGCCGCAGAAGCGUCCCACAACGGGCAUCUUCUCUCAAACAGCAAAGAGAAAAGGGAUCACUAAUCUGUUGGAUACAUUUCCCUGCACACCUUGUUUCCAAAUGCUCUGAGAUUGUCUCUCUGUGAGUGACUCGCAAUGCUGAUUGGAAGCCAGAGAGACGACAGGAUGAAGUCAAAGGAACAUGCAAAUGAAAAUAAAGAACUGUAAAUUCCAUGUACAGGACAGACACCAAACUCACAAUGUUCCCUUCAUACCCCUAUUUGAAAUGAGUAAACUGUGUGGCCACCUCUGUUACGUAUCUCUCACUUGGUGUACAAUAAUUCACACAGAGGAUUGAAAAAUCACAACAAAAUGACAAAUGAAAAAGGACUUGCAUAAUUUGUAAAUACAUUUUGUAUCUAUCUGUAUACUUUUCUUUUGCUUUGCUAUGCAAGCUACCCUAAUGUCUGUCUUUUUUUUUAUUUAUUUAUUACGUUGACUCAUUUUUCAUUGGCACUCAAACCAUUUGCUAAUCUUGAUGAAGCUACUGUAUUAUUGUACUUUGCACAGAGCGUUUUGGUGGAAAUAAGCACAAACCCAUUGUUUGCAAAGCCGAAGAGAAGAAUAAUGACGUUGGGAAUACUUACUGAAAACACCUCCUAUGUCGAGCAUUAAAAACAGAGCAAGAAAGGUGAUAAUGGGGUUUUUAAUAAGCCAAGAAACGGUGUAAUGUAAUAUUUGCUGUGAAUUUUAUGAUGCAUUAACGACUACUUGCAAAAUGUUCCACUUUUAUGGUAACAAAGCGACACAUCACCUGUGAUAUCCAAAGCAAGGCAAAUGGGUAUUGUGUGUGUCCCUUCACGCCCUUUCCUUGAAAGUAUGUUAAUAUAAUAUACAGUAUAUAUAUUUAUUACUUUGGGUACUUCGAUUUCAAUUGCUUACAAUGAUAAGAUAAGAGUGCAAUAUUCAAAACACGAUGCCACUAUACAGUAGAUUGUAAUGCUCUGUUUUAAAUACCGAUAUUUGGCAGAACAAAAUUCUGAUAACCGACUAAUCGGUUAACUUUUUUUACUUUGCUUUAUGUCUUUGUAUUUGUUUAGUUUAACAACAGAGGGAAAGGUUUUUUUUGUUUCUUUGUUUUCGGGGGUGUUUGAAUCUCAUAUUCGUAUUAUGUUGUAGCUGUUAAUGUGUAUAAAAAAAGAACACAAUCGACAAAUUUUGCUGAUUAAAAUGUCUAAUAUGGGCUGAUUAAAUCGUGUGAAUCAGUCAGAUGUAUGGUACAAACCCCAAUCCCAAUGAAGUUGGGACUUUUUAGUAAAACAUACCGUAUUGGCCCCAAUAUAACACGACCCUGAUUAUAAGAGGACCCCCUCUUUUUCAAGACUCAAGUUUGAAAAAAAGACUUUUUUGAACACCAAAUUUAAUUUUUAUAUAGAAAAUAAUUACAGUACAUCUGAAACAAAUGAUUAUAAAAAUAUAUUCGAGAGAAAAAUCAUGUUAUUUUGCCUCAUUCAAAUCAUGCAAAAACUUAAAAUCUUAUGUUUCUUCUUCGUGACAGGGGUUUGCUUUGGGAGUUAAGUUCAGCAUUCGCUUUAAAUAUAUCUGGCGCCAUCUAGCGUUGUGAAUGGGUAUAAUGUCUAGACCCCGAAUGUAAGACGAUCCCCACUUGUUCAGUCUUUUUUCAAUGCAUAAAACACCGUCUUAUAUUCGGGCCAGUAUGGUAAUUAAAACUGGAAUACAAUGAUUUGCAAGUUUAAUGUUGAAACUGAUGAACUUUAUUGUUGCAAAUAUUCACUUUUAUUUUAUGCCUGCAACACAUUCCAUAAAAUUCUGUGACAGGGGCAUGUUUACCACAGUAUUCCAUCAUCCUUUUGGAACUGAGGACGUUACUUGGUGGAGCUUUGGAAGUGGAAUUGUUCCCCAUUCUUGAUUCAAAGCUUAAGUUGCUUAACAUCCAACACUGUAGUAUUUUGGUUUUGGAUUGUUUAUUUCUGGUAAUGGGAAUCUUUACCUGCCACAGACUGGUUUGCCCUCAGGAAUACACAACCACACACAGUAGGGGCAAUUUUCAAUCCUUUGAUGCAAAAUAAAAUGUGUACGUGAAAAUGA